CGCACCAGCUACCACUACGUUCACGUUAUUGAACUGUCGCUGGGCGAUGGACCAAAUUGAACCACUGUGUGAUUAUAGCUUGUGGUCAAAUCAUAGGUUGUUUGGAACUGGAUUAUAGAAUCGCCAUUUUACAAUGGUAAAAGUGAACCAAAAUAUUAACUUUCAAUUUUGAAAUUUUAACAUACAGAGUUUGUACAAACUAUAUUUAUCAGAGGAACUUCAAUUAGGAUUGUAAAGGAAACCUACACCUUCUUUUGGUCUCGAAUGACCAUUAAAUAUGGAUUAUAACGAAAUACAAAUAUAUUGAUUCAUUGAUAAAAAACAGAAGAUGGACUAUCGCAGUAUGACGCUGGUUGAUGGUGUUGAAGGGGAGAGACUUCCUGUUAUUGAAGACACGGCACGUCAGAGGAAACAACAUAAUGAUACAAGUGAACCGGAGAAGAAACCACCAAGUAAAUGGAAAUUACUUGAGGCUGUCGUUGACAUAGAAAGGGAUAAAAUUGAUAAACGAAAAUGGAACGAGGCGAAUAAAGAUGCAAUAAAAAGAAUAAAACGUUCAUAUAAAUGCGCCUGUAAAACAUUCAACGCCUUGCCAAUGACUCAUUUUUCGAAACAGUUGGGAUGUAAGGCUAUCAGUAUGAAGGGCUACGGCCUUGGAGAUGCGGGCACUAAGGCCCUAUGUGUUGCAUUAUUAAAUGACUAUAUUCUUACAAAUCUCGAUCUGUCAGGCAAUAUUCUUGGUGAUAAAGAACUACAAUACAUUAAACAACUUCUGGAGGUUAACGUGUACAUUUCAACAUUGGAUCUUUCGGACAAUAACUUCACGACAGAGGGCGCUAGAACACUUGGCAAGAUGUUCUCAAAACACAACAGUGUAAAUAGACUCAAUCUAUCAGGCAAUGAUUUCCAAGAUAAAGACGCCAAAUAUAUUUCUCUCAUAAUACGGUAUAACACGGACCUCAUCAGGUUAGAUCUCAGCCACAAUAAUUUCAUGGAGAGUGGUGGUGUUUUUCUCGGACAUGCAUUAGGUCACAACGAUAGUCUGGAAGAAUUAGACCUGAGUUGGAAUCACUUGCGUGGCAAAGGGGCAGCUGCAAUAGGAAAUGGUCUGAAGACCAACAAAAGUGUAACAAGUUUGUCACUUGGUUACAAUGGGUUUGGGAAUGAGGGUUCGACUGCAAUAUCACAUGCACUAAAAGAGAACAAAACGUUAACCGAGUUGGAUUUAACAAACAAUAGAAUACAUCCACCGGCAGCGUUCGUCCUCUUUGAAGGGUUAAUAAGGAACUCAAAAUUAGAAGUUUUAAAUCUUUCAAGAAAUCCUCUGACUCCUGUUACUACAACGUAUGCUAUAUCUAAACUGAAGGAGUCCGGGGUAUCACAACUAGCUCAUCUCGAUCUAAGUGGAAUGGUGGUUAGCACUGAAUUUGAAGAAACAGUUAAAGAAAUCAAAGAAUUAAGACAGUUCGAGGCGAUAUACGACUCUUCUAUGCAUCUCCGUGGUCAACUGGAUGUUAAUAGCUUUAUGAAGAAAGGCAACAAUAAAAACUCGAAUUUGGGCUUUAAGUCUCCAACAAGGGUAUUCAAUGUCGAGCCUGCAAAGAUCUUAUAUAGUCUGAAGGAUAGAAUGUCACGCUCGGUUGAUUUCUUUAAUAAUUUGGACGCCGAUGGAAGUCAGACAAUAUCAAGGGAGGAAUUUAGAAAAGGGAUGGAGAGAAUGAAUUUUAACAUGAGCAAAAGUGCGCUUGACGAGUUGAUCGACUAUCUGGACGCUGAUGGAGAUGGCGAAAUAGAUAUACUAGAAUUCAUCGAAGGAGAAAGAAGAAUGAAAAGAAUACAAGCUUUAAACAAAGAGAAGCAAAGGAAAAAAGAGGCACUGAAACUCCCAACUAUUUCGGGUAAACAAACUCCAAAUCAGACACCGUCUCUCACUCAAUUGAAAGAAAAUCUCCAAGAUACUGCUGAAAAUGGUGAACGAGAAGAGGCUCCACCAGUCUUCAAGAGAAAAAUGUCAAUGAAAGAAUUUUACAAUUUUGGAACAAAAUAUGAACCAUUACCUCAGCUUCCUGGGCGGAAUCUUACAUCACGUGAUCAAACACGUGGGGUGUCACGUGGUUCAAAUACUGGAGCCAGUAAGCCAGCCUCAAGGAUUGGAAAACGAUCCUUAAUACGGGAAUAGAUCAUGGGCAAUUGGGAUGAAUAAUAAUAUUUGAUGUGUAAUAUUUAGUUGUCAUUUGACACUUAUACAUGUACAGAGUGAGCCAAAAAAGUAGCCCAAACAAAUGUAUAUUUGUCACUCAGUCUUUCCUAAUGGGAAAUCAUAUUUUGCACAAUGAAUUAGAAACCUCGAAACCUCGUAUCUUGGAGAUUUUAUAUGAACAAAGAAUGUUCUUUCAUUCUACUAAGUUUCUUUGGUUUAGCCCCAAUGGUAACACUUUUAUGGUCAUUUACAAAACAUGCUCCAAAUGCCGGUGUAAAAGGUUAGGAGGUCCUAUCAAUUUAUGGUCCUACUCUCCAUUGAUUUAUAUUGUGACCUCUUUCCCUUAUUAUCGUAUACUCAAUCAGGGCCAGUAAGGGCCGUUAAGAAGGGGGACCAUAAUUUCUUUCACACCGGAACAGGCCACAAUUACCGGACAUGAUCACUCCAGAUUGUUUUCUAUGGAGCUAAUGUCUACACUGGCAAGUUAACCAUAUGCAUUGAAACAAGAGAAGAAAAUAUAUGAGCUAUCAAACAAUAUGUAUGUGCUCGUGUAGUGAACAACUACGCGCCCGAACGUUCAAGUUUGCUUCCAGACUCGACACCGUCAUUUUAUAGCAUGGUUAAAAACCAAUGAAACUUUGUAGAAUGAAAAAACGUUUGACAGGAUUUAAUUUUGAUGAAUAUGACCCAUGCUCAAUGACAGGGUUAUUAAGAUCUGUUUGGAUUAACUUUUUUUACUCACCCUGUAUAAUCCGUUUAUGCUUACUGGUAAGAGUACGACUUAUGAGACUAAUACAACUGGAUAAAACUAUAUGUAGCUAUAGGGGAAGGGGAAAUAUUGUAUCUAUAGGCUAUAUAAAUGUAAACAUAUAUAUUUUGUGAUAUAAUGCUAGAUGAAAUAAAAUUCCAAAUAUGUA